AUGAAGAAGAGAGGAGAAAGGGAUGGCAUAGAUUUUAAGGGAGGGUGUUGGGGUCCAUUGAGGUGGAAGGAGCAUGUGCCAUACAAUUUGGUGUUUGGGAAAACACAGGAUAAUUGGGGUAAAGAUGAGAUAGGUUCAGGUGUCGAGGAGCCCAAAGAUGAACGGGCCGACGGAGUGGGGCCCAACGAGGAAGGCACGGAAGGUUUGAAAGAAAGGAAGAGAGUUGAGUAG